CGGAGGCUCAGCAGGCUCUUCAAAGCCAGCAGCAGCUGCGUGGAGCGGCUCGGUGUCGGUGAGGCUGUUUAUCUGCAGACCAAGCCGGAGCAGAGAAUGUGAGGGGACACGCGCAGGGAAAUGCUGCUGCUCCACAGCACUCUGGUGAGCUCCAGCAGGGGUUCUGAUCGGGACGGAGGACACCAUGAUCAGCAUCCCCCCACCCCCUCUACUCCUCCCUGCUCCACCUCCCCUCCCUUAUCACUGUGCUUGAAGCAGAAAGGAGCUCAGUGGACGAAGCCAGCAUGACUAAAGCCAUGGGACGAGAUGCGGUGGAAAACAGUCUGGGAUCGACUGAGGGGAAGUGAAUGACAAGCAACUCGUCCUUUAGCUGAAUCAGCUUAGAAAACCAGCGAAGAAGAGGGAAGAGUGAAUGAAAGUAAAAGAGUCAAGGAAACGUUUUAUUUUUAAUGUAGUGAUCAACACUUUGAUAAAAGAGGAGUGAACAUUUGUCCCUGGAAUCAGGUGGAGCCAUCACGAAGACAUCAACCGCCCUCAUCAUCAUCAUUAGAGCUGCCAUGCACAGCGGAUAUGGAGGGAGUCCACUCCGAACUCUGUCGACCAUGUCUCUCCUGGUUCACCCAGUCCGACGCAUCACCUCCAGUUCCAUCACUAGGAGCCAGAGUUUCACGGGAGUUAACAUCCAGGACAAAGCCUACAGGAGCUUCUCUGGGUUCAGCACUCCUGGUCUUAGCAGAAAGCCCAGCAGAGCCAGUGGGAUGUUCAGUAUGUCAACCAAGUCAACCCCAACUCCUAAGGUUCCUCAACCAGAAAGGUUGGAUCAAGUCUAUGAAGCCCUGAAGAAAGGCCUUCAAUCUUCCUUGCAUGUUCAUCAGAUGGAUUUGGAGAACCUCAGCAGACAAAUAAAACAAUCUAAAAGAAACUCCCGAUUGGGUUUCUUUUAUGAACUGGACAAGCAAGUGAAGAUAAUUGAGAGGUACAUCAGACGGCUGGAGUUCCACCUCAGUAAGAUUGAGGAGCUUUAUGAGGUGUACAGCCGACAGAGGAGGCUGAGAGAUGGGGCUAAGAAGAUGAUGAAGGCCUACACAGCCUCCUUAGGAAGCAAAGAGGCCAAGGAGAGUUUGCUGGAGGCCAGUAAAGAACACAAAGAGUACACAGAGAACAUGUGUAUACUGGAGAGUGAGUUACAGAAUCAACUGGGAAAGUUCUACAUUCGGAUGAAAGGUCUUGCUGGAUUUGCCAGGUUGUGUGCUGGUGAUCAGUACGAGAUCUUCAUGAAGUACGGUCGACAGCGAUGGAAACUGAGAGGAAAAAUAGAAAUCAAUACCAAGCAAGUGUGGGACAAUGAGGAGAUGGUGUUUUUGCCCCUCAUUAAUGAAUUUCUCACUGUGAAGGUAACCGAGCUGAAGAGCUUAGCCAACCACGUGGUUGUUGGAAAUGUCUCCUGUGAAACUAUUGACCUGUUUGCUCCGCUACCUCAGACGGUUGCUGUGGACAUCAAUGACCUUGGCACUAUUAAGCUAAGCCUGGAAGUCAGCUGGAUUCCAUUUGACAAAGAUGAUCAGGGCUUGUUUCCUGGUCCUGUCAGCAUCAUUCCAAGAAUCUCCUUCCUGGGAUCACCUGACACUCCUUCGAGCAUGUCUCCUUGGAAAAAUCAUCUCUAUGACAGAACACUGCGAUCUAAUUCAUCGGAGUCGUCUGACGACUCCUGCAGCCUGCCGCUCUCUGAAUCAGAGCCACAGAGCUCCGUGUCUGAGAAGGAUGUGGUGGAACCCGGAGGAUGUUCUUCCCCACAAACUGACGCAUUUGGAGACUUCACCUGCCACAGAGACGAGGAGGAGAACACUUUGGUCCAGAGGGAGAACAGUGGGGAGCAGGUGGAUGCUUCUAGAACCAUCAGUCCUGACAUGGAGCAGAACUCUCUUAGCCAAAGAAGGGACAGCGGUGCUGAUGGAACUGUUUUCCCAAACCAGGCUGUCUGUAAAUCAGAGGAGGUGAUAUCGCUGCUGUCUGGGACCUCUGUUAGUGACAUAGAGAUAGAACUGCCCAGCACCCCUGAGACACCUGACCCAAGUGAUGGGUUCGUCCAAGACCCACACCUUUCUGAGCAUCCGCAGAACACCAUCACACUGUUGACUCCCAAUUCCAAGGUAGAGGACCAGAACACUCAGUCAGUAGAGGAAAUGGUUUCCUGUGUGGGAGCAGAGGGCAAAGGCCCAGUGGACAGUGGGCUGGAGGAGGCCUUGGGAACUCUAGUUUCCUCUCUGGAUGAUUAUAGAGGACAGUUCCCUGAGUUACAAUCACUGGAGGAGGAGCUGAAGCAGCUGCAGGUCACACUGAAGGGCUACAGGCAUAGCCGCUCACCCAGCAUGGUCAGCCUUUCAGUGGAGUCAGCGUUGUGCAGCUUUGACUUUCUCAACACGUCAGACUGUGAGGAAGAGGAGAAGAGCUGCAAGUUGAGCAGAAAUGGCAGACUCAGACAGGCCUGGGAAGGCCUCCGCCCAGAUUCACCCCUCACCAGUGGAUCCACCUCCCUGGACUGCUCCCUGGUGGUUCACCUGAGGAACUGCAGUGCGCAGCUGCUGCAUCUGGGUGUGUUUGGACCUCUGCGGUGUAGAGAGAUGUAUGCCUUAGACAAACUGCUGAGAGAGGCCAGUGUGUUUAAAGUCAUCCACCACAUCAUCAGGAAUGGUCCACAGUGUCCCCGACAGCCAGCUGAAGUGGUACCAGAACUGGGCCUGUGCCGUGGUGCGGUCUCACUGUGGCAGCAGUGUGUGAAGAACAGCAGUGUGUUCUGUGUCUCUGCUGAUUGCUUCAUGAAGACUCUGUCUGCUGUCUACUCAAGCAGGCUGAGUGACCGAGGUGAUACAGUGUUCUUGUGCAUGGCUGAGCGAGUUCUGGGGCAGAAGUUACCACGACGAGGCCCAAGAGAUAAACUGGUGGUCACAUUGUUCCAGCUGUGGACUUACUUGGACUCUAAUAACAUCAGAGACAUAGAGACUCACAUCACCGAGCUUGCACAAGAAGUGUGGCUGGUGCAGAGCCUGUCAUCGUGGGAUCAGGACCUGAUCCUGAGCGCUCUGCGUCGUCCUGCAGAAUGCAGCUUGAAGAGGGAGGGACUUCAUGCUUUGGCAAAACUUCUGAAAGAUCCACGAGGGAAGGUGUUGUCCUGCGUCAGCUCGGUACUGAAAGUUCUGGCCGCUCAGCCCAGGUGGCGAGAGCAGGCUUUGGUGAGCUGCAUGGAGAUGCUGGAGGAUGAGGAUGUGGACACCAGAGUUUGUGGAUGCAAGGCUUUAGCAUGUCUGAAGGCCAAAGAAAGCAUCGAUCAGCUGGUGUACGUUUGUCAGACGGACAAGGAGGAGGUUCGGGAGGCUGCCAAACUAACGCUGCUGGAGCUGGGCGAGGAGGGAAAGAUGGCUCACAGGCAUGUGGAGAUCUCUCAGGACAGCUUACCAAGACUCUUUGCUCCAGGAAGCAUGGCCAGCACUGCCUUCUGACAGCACACACACACACACACUUGUGUGUUGUGCUGUAACACAACGGCCCCAGCAUAAGGACUGUACUGGUCGUUCUCCCACUGAGAAAGCAGCUCUGUGACAAAUGGAAACGGUCUACUCUACAGGAGAGUUUCUCUAGAGCCCAGGAGGACUUUUUCUGUGUUUCACUUCCUAAAACGUUCAGUAUGACAUCAUCAUUCAGGUUCUGGGAUGUCUCGAAGACCCAGCCAGGCUGCUGACCCCGUUUAAGGAGGUUUGGAGCCCAAAUGCUAAUCUGCAUCCAUUCAGCGGUUUCUACAGACCCGUCCUUUUACAUUAUUGCUGUCAGGAAGCAAAUGCUAUGUGAAAGAAAACCUAUGCACAGAUGUUAUAGCAGUUUACAGAAGCACGGCUCGUGUCUACACAUGCACACCAGUGACGGUGGUCCUUGGUGAAGCACAGUCAGCUACAAGCAUGAAAACUGCAUCCAGGCUAAUGAAAGGCUGUUUAUACUGCACUAGAUUAGUUUAUUUGUUGUUGAAUUACAGAUUUAUAACUAAAUAUUCAACUUAAUCACAUGUUUGUAACUGCAGGGACCCCGCAUACUCCCAACAUGAGAAAUGAGUUUGAGCCAAAGAAAUGUUCAGAAGCUUUUAGGAUGAAACCGGCGCCGUCGUCCUGUUUGGCAGCAAAGCCGACCUGAACUUCCUGCAUUCUGUGUGUGUGUGUGUGUGUGUGUGUGUGUGUGUGUGUGUGUGUGUGUGUGUGUGUGUGUGUGUGCGUGUGUGUGCGUGUGUGUGUGUGUAUGUGUGUGCGCGCGUGCGUGCGUGUGUGUGUGUGUGUAUAUAAGGGUGAGUGUGUGUGCAUGGGUGUGUGUGUGUGUGUGUGUGUGUGUAAGGGUGAGUGUGUGUGCGUGAGUGUGAGUGUGUGCGCGCGUGCGUGUGUGAGGGUGAGUGUGUGUGCAUGGGUGUGAGUGUGUGUGUGUGCGUGAGUGUGAGUGUGUGUGCAUUGGUGUGGGUGCGGGUGCGUGAGUGUGUGUGUGCGCGAGCGUGCGUGUGUGAGGGUGAGUGUGUGUGUGUGGGUGUGUGUGUGUUUACACCAGAGCUUUUGCUACAUGAACUCAGGAGCCGUGCCUCCUCGUGCUGCUCAGGAUGAUGAAUUAGUUGAUGUUUAUUUCUUUGGCAGACGCUUUCGUCCAAAGCGACGUACAAUAGUUGACCUGUAGGGCGUGUUGUGAUCUGUGGGGGACACCGGAGUUCCCGGUGGAAACCCACACAUGCAUGGGGAGAACACGCAACUCCACGCAGAAAGGCCGAACCUGCAACCUUGUUGCUGCGAGGCGACAGUGCUAACAACUGCACCACCGUGCAGCCCAUUAGAUUUGGUGAAUUCUGACCUGACUCAGAAGGUGACACCUGAACUUUUCUCACCCUGCCACUGAGCCUCAGGCUGCAGCUGCUCCUCAGCCAUGUUGUCUACCGCCUGUUUCCCUCUGAGAGCGGUACAGAGGCGGUCCGGUUUCCGCACAGCUUCCAGAUGUACUACCAUCCACACCGACUGCGGUUUGUGUUCUGAACGUCUCCAGAUAUCUGCUCCCACACGAGCACCACAUGAUUAGAAAUCAGACAUAAUACAUGUAAACACAUACCUGUAGCAAAACUAUCAAACACUGAACUGAUUUCCCCGUCAUUAAAAUAAUAAAACAAAAGCUGGCAGAAAUAAAAUGACAAGUUUUAUUGUGAAAUAUGCUGUACCUGGUGGAUCCACGUCUCACUUCCUGUCUGGCUCAUGUCAUUUCGGUGUGGAUGCUCUGAUCAGACUAAAGAGUGUUUGAUCCAUGCAGAAGCUGUACGAAAACUGGACCGCAUCAGAUCAGCAUCAGGUGUGAAACAGGCUUAAGGCUGCCCAGCCUGCUGCCUGAGGAAUGGAAGGGGAAGAGGUCAUGAGCGCCUAGCAAGGAGAAGCAGAUCAAGUUCAUAUUUAUGGUUCCUUCUAGUGGAACUGUUAUGGAAGAUGUGAAGACUCUCUCCUACACACACACACACACACACACACAGAAUGAAGCUGAUAUCAACAAACAGCUUUAAAAGUUGAACUCCGGUGACCUCAGCUGUUCGUCUCAAGUGCACUUUAGUUUUUGUUCUGCCUUCUUUGUUUCCAGCAGGUGCGUCUUUAGCAUGAUUAACACAGAGCUUGCUGUAGGCCUGUUCCAGUGCUAUAACCAGGGUGAGCUGACCCAGGUUCUGGUGCCGUGUGAACCCAUCAGGGCGGUAUCUCCUCUCCUUACAGGAGUGUAUUUCUGUCUGAACACUGCUGUGCCUUUUACAGCCUCACUGAACAUUUCUGCUGUUUUGGGUUGUGUUGUGUGAGUCUGCACGGCACCGCCGGGGUUUUGUCUGUGCGACAACAAUAUGAGAUGGAGCUGUUUCCAUUUCUCUGCUGAUUCUUUAACCAAAGGGUAAAGAUGCCACAACUCAAAAGCAGCUGAAGUUCGGGUCUGGACUCAGCUCAGACUCUGGAUGUGCCUGAUCUCUCACCGGGAUUCAGAGGCUUUCCACCCUGGUCCUGAUGAUGCCUCGCAGAUGCAGGGUCGUUUAUUCGUGUAGGAACUCUGGCAGAAUCAUGUCUGAUGAGCUGCAGGAUUUAGUCUAGAUGCGAUCAAAUAGGACGGGUGAUAAACGGCAUGAGGGAGUGGCUGGCAGAAACCUGCAUCUAUACUUGUGCUUGGACAGAAGACCUGACUAGUGCCUCAAACAAGCUGUAGGAGCAUCCUUCCAGCACAACCUGUACCUUUUUCUGUAAGCAGGGUGAAUUAAACUCAACGGGCUUUUAUAUAUUUAUUAUAUUUGCAGAAAAUACAGUGUAUAAUGUAUAAAAAACAAAUAAACAUUUAUUUAAA